CGCGUGCGUGCGUACACCCGCGGCAACCGCAUUUCCCAAAACCAGGCACCGCAAUUCUCUCCCGACAGCUCACACCGAGCGGACGUGUGUGCGUAUAGCAACAGCAAGGUGGCGUUGCGCGUCGGUCAAUUGUUUUGUUUUGGUAGCCUCGUUUUUGGCGUGGUGCAGCCAGAAGCAAAAGUGCUUAAUUAAAACAGUUCUAGUGUGGUGAAACAAUUGAACGUUUCAUUGUGUGCUGCAGAUCAGGUUAUCUGUCACAGGGGGUGUCACUUUCACUCCGGAAGAUUAUUAACCUGCCAGCGCCUACUGUGCGUGUGUGUUGUGUUUGGCGUGUGUUGUGCUGCUGUCACACUGGUUGAGGUGGUGUUAAUUGAUCCGAUACGAGUGUGCCCGUUUGGUGCGAAUCACCUGCCAGUCCGCAACACAAAGCCCGACAAUUCCGACAAUCCGUGCUGAAUCGAAUCGGCCCUGUUUUAUUGCUAGUUUGAAGUGAAAUUUCGUCAUCCGCAGACGAGUGUUCACACAGCUACCGCUGGGAGUAGUUCGCUGUUUUGUGUGUGCGUGUGUGUGCUUGUGAAGGGAAGCCGGGCUUGUGUUUACAGUUUACGGGCAAUUUACUGGUCCCGGAAACGGUCGAUUUCCAACGAGGCCAACAGUUUAACAGCGAAACAGUUUCGGAGAAGGUGUGUCUCAUUCCGAUUCUCGAUUCUCGACAACUGUGUGUGACCCGCUCCCUAAACCCCUUCUUCGCGUGUACCGUCGAACCCCCGUGAAUGUCACCGUCCAAAGUUUGUCGACCAAAGCCUUUCACCUAAGCUGCUGCUGCUGCUGCUGCUACUACCGUUGUCCAGUGCUUCUGGUGUCCGCAAAACGAAAGCCUCCGGUACAGGAAAAUGAAUAAGAACAGUGGUCAGAACGUUCGUAUCAUGCUGUCAUUUUAUUAGCAAGUCGCUGGAACACGCACAGCACACAGACAUCAAGAACAGCUGUCAAAAAACGCGCAAAGCAACAAGUUAGCGAGCCUCGGAGUAAAGUGGGAACACAACAACACAAACACACCUCUGACUUCCCUCCGCUAGCUUUACGCUUAUUAAACAGCGAUGGCCCAUUUUUCGAUCACCGAAAUGCCGGACCUGAAGGUGACGGAUACGUUCCCGAAGAGUGGCCGUGUAACGGAAGUUUGCAAAGAAUGGUUGGUCCGGGAGGAUGGUGCCUUAGCCUAUCAGCUGCAGAACCAAGAGAUUAGCGAACAUUACAAGGGCAAUAAACAGCGCAACCAAAUCGUGCGACAGGAUUUCCCGACGGCCCUGUCGGAGCAGAUACGCGAGAAGGAGGAUGCCGAACGGCAGGCCGCUCUUUACCAUCAGAUGAUCAACGAGCAAGAAGAAAUGGACGCGAAGGUAGCUCGGGAUAUUGCGGAACAACUGAACCGUGAGGCUCAAGCCAAGCGACAGAUGGAGCUACAGCGUGGCGAGCUUUUGGCUCGUAAACUACAGGAGCAAGCCGUUAUAGGCGAUCGACGACAGCCGCCCAGCAGUGCUGGCCACUCCGCACGUCAGCCGCAGGAUCCAAAUCCCUUCCCACUGCCACCACGAACACAUCCAAAGCCAAAGCCGCCGGGUGUGAGCAACGGUGCUCCGGAGCUACCCGCCAGUUCCAACUUUAUGGCCCACUCUCCACCACCACCUCCGGCACAAAGCAAUGAACCGGGACUGCAUUACGCUUCGCUAGAUCUGAACGCACCGAAGCGACCACCACCUCAGCCAGUGUUCCAGAAUGGGCGCGCGGGUGGGACUAGCUUCCAGGAAUCGUUUCCACCACCGGAUCAACAGCGCCCACCGGCAGCAAACUUUAAUCAGUAUUCGGACGAUGAAGAGCCGCCCAUUCCAUCCGGUGGUGCGUACGCCAACAUAAACCUUCACUCGCACACACCGGAAAAGAAGCAACCACCGCUUCCACCUGCAACUGCGCUGUCGUACCGGCAAGCAGCGCGAUCGAUUCUCUCCCCUCCACAAACACCCCAAACCACCGAUAAUGUGGACAGCGUACGCCCGUACUACAUGCCGGUGGCGAACGAUGACUUCCAGUAUCAGUACCCGCUGCCUCCGACGGUUAACGAUAUAUCUGGUUCGUCGGGUAGAUCUGGUGUGACCCGUUACGGCCCUAACAACAUCGUACCGACAGCAGAGGCUGACUAUCAGAACAAUACGAACUUCAACAAGAUGUCACCGGAGAAGUAUAUCGCACCGGCACAAGCAGCAAGUCGUACCGUACCCGACCCGUCGUUCGAUGGUGGAGUUCCUCACACGCGCCGAAGCGAGGCACCACCGUUACAGCGAACGGCGAACCCAAUCAACUACAAUCUGUACGAUGACGAUGAUAUUGAGGAAGGGCUGGCAGGGGCCAGCAGCAGUGGCACCUUCACAGCAACACCACUCCAUCAGCUGGCAGGACAUCCGGCUUCGGACGCAGCACCGGGACCCAGCCAUCGGUAUGCGAAUGGUGGAGCUACCCCGAAAGGUGUACUUCAUCCGCACCAUCAUUCGCAUCAUCCGUACACUGCUGGCGGUGCGAUCUACCAGAACCAACCACACUCAUCGCAUGCCUCGCCGAGUCACUCGAAAAACAGCAGCUACGACAAGACGGAUCGUAUUCGAACGCUGCAAGAUCUUGGACUGCCGCCGGACGAGAUACAGGAGAUCGAUAUGCGGCUCGAGCAGGAGUUGCGUGAUGCGGAAUUGGCCCGAAAGCUGCAGGAAGAGGAAGGUGGCCCGGUGGAUCAGGAAUUUAUCGAUCGCAAGUACGCGAUGGAAGCGCAAGAUAAGGAGCUCGCCAAAAUGCUGCAGGAACGUGAACGGGCCAAAGCAAAGCGCGCUCGCGAGAAGGCCCGGCUAAAGAAGGAGCAACGGUUGCAGCAACAGAAGCCGGGGCAACGGGCCGACGGUGCCGUAUCGGAGGAAGAUCCGGCGGUUGCGUUCGGUGAGGGUGGUUCUUCCCCCGGUGCUGCUACUGCUGCUGCUGGUGGUGGUGAUGAAGAUGCUCAUGGUGCAAUCGUUGAUGCUUCCUACUCGAACCCGAUCGAUAUGUUGCAGCAGCAGCAGCAGCAGCAACAACAGCAACCACGUCCCCCAAAGCUUAUCUCCCCCACCGGAUCCGCUGCCGGUGCGAGAGGCUAUUACGGACCACCGGUUCCGGUACCAGCCACCGAACAUCCGCUACACAAUCAUCAUCACGCCCAGGGCAGCAUAUCGUCACACGGUUCGGGAUCGGGCAGCGUCAACGGUAGCCAUCAGCAUCCACAGCAAGCAAUCGCGGAUGAAAAUUACUCCAAUCCGAUCGAUAUGAUAAGGCAGCAGAAACAGCAGCAACAGCUACUGUUCCAGCAACAGCAACUCCUGCAGCAGCAGCAGCAACGUGGUGGACCCAACCUAAAGCUAUCGGCUAACGUGCAACGGUUGGUGGAGAACGGUCGAAAGGAGGAUGAAAUCUACGUGCUGCCCGUGUCGCAGGAAGAUCUUCCAGCUGUUGAGCUGCAGCGAACUCCUCCGAGACCUGGCACGCAACCGCCAAACGGAGGACGAUUGGUUGCUUCGCCUGGUUCGAGAAAUCAAUACUUGGACGAUAAUAUUGCCGCCAAGAUUGAUCCAACAUUCGGUGGCACGGGAAUGGGACACUCACCGACCUCCACUGGAACGUCCUCAUCCGUCGUAAACGCAUCGCAGCCAGAUAUCCUCGAAUUCUCUGACCCCGGUUCCUCUAGUCCAGUGCCGCCACCGUACAUGCCGAUACAGGGAACACGCCGCACUAACGCACCGGACGGGAAGAAGCGCAAAUCGAAGGAACGCUGCGCUCAACAAUAGUGCCCCCCCCCACUCACUGCCGCGAACAGAAUGACCGUUUCGAUCGCAUUUAGAAGCCCCCCCGAGCCCCCGGUUUGGUGCUGAUACUCAGGAUCGAUUUUUGAUAUGAAUAUGAAAACCGUCUAACAUUUGCAUUAUCGGAUAAGUGCGUAACAGAGUUGACGAGAACUGGGGUGAGCGUGGUUGUAAAUCUCGCUCGCCGUAUAUUUAUCGAAUGUUAGGGAGUUUGUUUCUUUAUUCCCGUGUGUCUUAUACAGAUAUUAUCGGCACCGCUAUUGGUGUUUGCGCGGCUCAGUGAAUGAAGGUGUGUUCUUUGUGUAAUAAAAGUGGAAAGUGAAGUGAAUUGAAAUAUUUAAA